UCCGCAGCUGUCAGCAGCCUGAUGUUAGUUGUUUUGGAAAUCUUGAGCGAACGAAAAAAAAAACACUCGGGAACUAGGCGUAUCGAAACAAGAGCUCUUCGAAUUUCAGCUGUGGCGUUCGUACACGGGGUGGUAGUGUUGCCGAAAACAAUUCAUUUGCCAGCCAUCUACCUCAGCGAACAUUCUAGCGCAAAAUGGCAAAGAAAGCGUUCCAGCAUCAGGCUGGCACGGCCAUGGAGUGUUUAAGCAUUCCCAUCACGUUACACAAAGAGAAGGACAUCGACGAGGAGGGCCGGGAGGUGCUAAAAUGUGGGUUCAAAAUUGGCGGUGGCAUCGAUCAAGAUUUCCGGAAAAGUCCCCAGGGUUACACGGAUUAUGGAAUUUAUGUGACGGAGGUACACGAAGGUAGUCCGGCAGCUAAAUCGGGCCUGCGGAUGCACGAUAAAAUACUGCAAUGCAAUGGGUACGAUUUUACCAUGGUAACGCACAAGAAGGCCGUUAGCUACAUACGUAAAAAUCCCGUCCUAAACCUGCUCGUUGCCCGGAAAGGCGUUACGUCGACCUAAGCAACCAACCAACCCACCCAGCCUACGUAGCUGGUACGGGAAUCCCCGAACGGGCGCGCAUAAAUAUAGAUAAUGCUGGAAAUACUCUGGCUGCUGCGAGGGAUACCAAGCGACAACAACAUUCCAGAUGUGCAAGACAUUUCCGGGUGGGCUUUAAACAUUCCAUACAAUAGUCCACCUCAAUAUCCCUCUCAUGACCACCUCAAUAUUCCUCCUUCGGUCUCGUUCAACUCUCAAAAGCCACCCGUUGCGCCUUUUUGUAUGCAGCUCGCGCAGUAGCAGCUCGGUUUUUACACGCAUUUUUUGCACAUCGAAAAGGGGAAAGAUCGUUUUUAUUGCAUAUUUCUAUUGAUUAUUUGUAAGCAUGUUAGUCCCUAGGUAUAGCUAAUAAUGAUAACAAUGAGAUCCGUGUUAACGUCUGUAUGGGUGUGUGUGUGUUAGCUAACGCCAGUUUUUACACCAACUGCGCAGACCGGGCUGCGUGAAUGCCCGCAGGAUGCAUUUAUAUAGUUGCUUAUUAUAAUAGGAAGAUUUUCCUUGAGUUUUGUUUUUGUGAGGUGAGAUUUUAGGCGCAUUUUUUACAGAUGUGGCAGAAGUAGACGUAGUGUUAGUAAAUGGUUAAAAUAACUUAAAAGAAAUCGCACGGGAACCGUUGAUGAGCAGCUAUGACAAAUCGAGGAGAAGAAGAUAUUACAGACAAACAGCAAACGGUUUAACAGCAAAAAUCGAACCAUAAAAAGUUGAUAAACAAAUACACACACACACACACACAGAGUAACAGUCAUACAUACACACCCACACACACAUAUUUUAUAGGAAAAAAGACCUCCUUUCGUACGGGGCGAGCUCUCGUAGUUUACAACGCAAACGGCGGCGGUCGUCAUCACUUUCAUAUUUUAGCUAUUAAAAAUGUAUGCCAAAGUAAGAUUAAACUGUGUAAAAGAGAGA